AACCGUUCUGUUUGCAAAUGGUGGUUAUCGUGGCAUGGUUAACGGACAGUAGAAUUUUAUAUGGAUAUAUAACGUUAAGUAGUAUACUGUUAUGAAAAAGAAAAGAAGUAUUGCUCGUUGUCACAAUUUUUGGCAGCAAUAGUACUUGGCAAUGCUUUAUCUUAUUAUUGAUUAUUGAGCGAUUGUAAAGCUAUGAAUUCGUCUACGCUGUCACCCAAUACUUUAGCUUCACCAGGGCAGAGCGAGUCUCAAGACUCAGAGUUAAGUUCCAGUGGCACACAAACAUCAAAAAUACUGAGUCAUAUGAAAUCAGAAUUGCAGGUACAAAAACAGCAGAAAAGAUUGGUACGAGAAUUACAUCUAAAACGUGUACAGUUUUUACGAAAGGAAUUGGAGUUUCUAAAGACAACUGAGUGGAGAUAUCAGCCAAUUGAUCGGUAUAGAUCAUCCUGCAGUCACUAGCUCUACAAGGAGAAAAAGCAAAUACAGAAACAUAUAUUUCAUGUUUUGGUACAGGUAUUUGGACCAAAGUCAUAGGAAUUAACAAAGAUGCUGUCUUUUAUAGCAAGUGCUGCACAAUAUGUUCUGGGCUAUGGAAAGUCUACAGAACCAGAUAUAAAUGAGAUCAUAUCGCGCAUUGAAAGUGCGGACGAUACAAAAUCUUUAGAAAACCAAAGAUUGGAAAAUGAAAAUCAAGAAGGAUUUUUUUAUAAAAAUGGGAGGGUCACUACCAUUACAGGGGAAUAUGUUAUUAUAGAUGAUCAUUACAUAUGCGAGACCGUUAACAUCACUGUCUCUAAUCUUGAAGUGGGGGAUACAGUGCACUACUUGGCUUUCCAAAGACAUCAAAAUGAAGAACAAAAAAUUCGAAAGAUUAUUUCUUUAACAAAUGAAACAUGGGAUGAUCAACCGAGUGAUAGAGAAAUCCAAGUAAAAGAUGCACUUGAUCACAAGGUAGUAAAAGUAGAGACAUUAAAGCGAAGUGUGGUCGGUAAAGUAACAAAACGUGAAGGCAGAACAAUGUUCAUCGAACCAAUAAAUAUCACUGUACAUCUGGAUAAAGUGGCUUCGGAAUUCGUUCCAAUUGUUGGAGACUGGUUAAUGUUAGAAUCACUGGUUGAAGUGGACGAACGUUCUACGGACCUCGGUGGUGAAGUUUUAGAAGUGGACAGGAUUAAUCCGCUGAGAACAAAAUUAGUUGUCGGCCAUGUGACAGCCUAUAGUACAACCAUAGGAAUUGGUAAAAUUGACAACAGUAUUAUAUUCAACAAAAUAUCUUGUGAGCCUGGCUAUGUUCCCUGUAUUGGUGACAAAGUUGUCAGUGACAGUAUUGAAAGUGAUCAAGGAAUCUGUACCUGGAGAUCAUUGACUGUCGUUCCUUUGGUCCAGGUGGCUCAAAGAGAACCUGUAACGACACAACAAAAUGAGCCUUUGCUCUGUAGUCAUAAUGUCCAGGACUUAGAUGCUAUUCUCAAAGAUAAACGUGGUAUAAUAAUUACAAGCAAUUUGACAUUUGACUUGCAAGUAAACGAAGAGCAAGAUCUGGAAGUGUUAAUAGAGAACACAGGAAGAAUUCCUCACAUUUUAUAUAGAGGUUGUUUUAUGUCGAAGAAAGCACAAUCUCAACUGUCUCUAAUAUCGCCAACAGUGAGCACAGUCAGUACAUUAAAUCCUCUAGAAAAAAUAUCAUAUAAGUUUAGAUGUAAGGCGAGAUUCAUGGGCCUAUCGGAGGAGCUCUUCAUCUUCAGCUUCAGGGGUUUCAAAAUUGGUAGAGUAUUUCGCAUAAGCGUUCGUGCUAAAAAUUGUGGAAACAGAAACACUGGACAAAAGUUUGAGAGCUUUAAUAGAUUGGCGAGGCAGAAUGAAAUAGAUCAAAACAUGUACAUUUGUGGUAUCAGACCAAUAAAACCUGCAGCGUUCAUAACCGUGAGGAAUGGGAUUUUUAAAAUACCACAAAAAAUCUGGAAUGCUGUGUUGGGUCCACUCAAUGAAAGACAAUCACAAAUGGAUCGGCAAAUUGCUGUAGGUGAUGCUGUACCAUGUCUAUUGAACGGUCUGACUUUUGAGAAUUAUAGAGAGCGCUUCCAUGCUUUGUUAUACCUAGAAGAAGUUGGCCAGAGGAUUGAUUUACAAAAAUACGACAUGAAUUCUGUCGUAAUGAGACACUGUGGUGAAUUUCUGGCGUUGAAAGUUCCUGGUCUGGCUGAAAAAAGGCCCUCGCUUCUAAUCGGCGAUAAAGCGAUAAUAUCUUUUAAAUGGGAUUCAUCAGGAGGAGAGCUAAAGUACGAGGGAUGCAUUCAUAAAGUAAAUAGUUCUGAAAUCCUCUUAAAGUUUAAUCCAAAAUUUCAUGACGAAUAUAACGGAGCUGACUGUUAUGUGACAUUUAGUUGUUCUAUGACGUCAUUGACACGUUGUCAUAUGGCUGUCAAUUUGGCAGUGACGCAUCUCGGGCCAGAAUUCUUAUUUCCAAACAGAAUCGCUCAGAAGGCACCACAGGUAGAUUUGGAAGAGAACGAGAUAGAGGACAAACCAAAGAGAAUUCGAUGCAGACAUGAAAGAAGUCAAUCAACUUCAUCAAUUUGUUCCAGUACGAGUAUAACAUCAAUUAGUGAUUCCUCAGAUAAUGCUGUUAGAUCACCACCAAGAAUAUCAGUAGCCGAAAGGCUCUUUAAUGCCAAACCAAUAGAGCGAGCUACUAAUUCAUUACAAACAUCAAUAUCUUUUGUAGAAAAGAAAUACCUGGAUAAAUCAGUGUCACCGAAUGAUGAUUCUUCGAAGAGUAUAAUUAUGACGUCUGAUAAUGGAUCGGAUCCAGUUGACAUUAAGGAUUCUCAUAGCAAGGAAAUAAAUUCCUAUGUGUCACAGUUUAAGAAGCGUAAAUUGAUAUGGUUUAAUAAGAAAUUAAAUUAUUAUCAAAAAGAGGCCGUGAGAAAUAUAAUAAAAGGAGUAGCACGUCCUUUGCCAUAUGUAAUUUUUGGACCACCCGGUACUGGAAAAACUAUAACACUCUGUGAAACUGCGCUGCAGAUUUAUGCAAUUCUUCCUGAGAGUAGAUUCCUCAUUGCUACCCCAUCGAAUAGUUCUGCUAAUCUUAUAGCUGAGAGAUUAUUAGACAGCGGAGUCCUGAAACCAGGUGACUUGGUGCGGCUGGUUGCUCAUCACUGUCUGUAUGAUGAAUCUAUUCCUGAGAAGUUGUUGCCAUACUGCGCAACAGCUGAACUGGCUGCUGAAAGAUCUCGUGCAACAGUCGAAUACUGUGGCGAGGGUCCUAGACUCAAUUGCACCAGCAGUGUUCUUGGGAGACAUCGAAUUACUGUGGGUACGUGUAUAAGCCUAGGGAUACUUUAUAACAUGGGAUUCCCACGUGGACAUUUCUCUCACGUUCUGGUUGAUGAAGCUGGACAGGCUACUGAACCAGAAAUUAUGGUUCCUUUGAAUUUCAUACACUCCAGUCAUGGUCAAGUGGUUCUUGCUGGUGAUCCAAUGCAAUUGGGUCCAGUUAUUCAAAAUAAAUUGGCCGAAUAUUACGGCUAUGGUGAAUCUUUUCUUUCGAGAUUACUUCACAGAUUCCCUUAUCAGAAGGAUCCUGAGAGUUUCGAUACAGGAUACGAUCCUAGACUCGUUACAAAGCUCGUGAUGAAUUAUCGCAGUUUGUCAGAGAUACUGGAAUUACCAAAUUCUUUAUUCUAUGAUUCUGAACUCAGGGCACAGAUAUCUUCGAAGAGAAGCAAAGAAGUGGAUCUCUUAAAAUCAUUAGCUAAUGAAUUACCAGAGAGAACUGGAGUACCACCGGCUAUAGUGUUUCAUGGUGUCAGAGGAGAAAAUUAUCAGGACACUGACAGUCCCAGUUGGUACAAUCCUGAAGAAGCUACCCAGGUUUAUCUUUACCUUUUGAGAUUGUAUAAUCACGGUCUUGGAGCUAGUGACAUUGGAAUAAUAACGCCGUAUCAAAAACAGGUGCGUCAAAUUCGAGAACUAUUGUUUGAAUUGGAUCUGGUAUUACCAAAAGUAGGGAGUGUUGAAGAAUUCCAAGGUCAAGAACGCAACGUUAUAAUCCUGUCCACAGUGAGAUCCACAAGUAAUCUUGUCCCUGAGGAUAUAAAACAUGCAAUUGGAUUUAUAGCAUCGCCAAGACGACUGAACGUCGCUAUAACGCGUGCUCGAGCUCUUCUGAUUAUUCUUGGAAAUCCUGACCUCCUAUCUAAGGAUCCUUAUUGGCGUAGCGUUUUAAUUUACUGCAUAGAACACGGCGGCUACACGGGCUGCGAAUUUUUAUCUUCAGCCUGGACAAAUGCUCUUAACGAAAGUGACGACGACCUUUGCGAGUAAACAGGAGAUUCCUUAUUUGAAUUGAAAAAAAAAAUGAAACUGAACAGCACUUGAUCUUAUCUAUAAAAUAUUUUUACCUUAUUGAAUGUUUAGAGAAUAAAAUACAAAUAAAAGUACAGUACAAUUUGAAAUCCACGUGAAAAAUACAACGGUUUAUUAAGA